UUUUUAAUUAAUAAGGUUAAUAAAUAAACAGUUAGAAUAGAAAAUACUAAUUGUAAUAAUUUGGAGCAAAAUAUCUCUUUUUAGCAGCAAUACCAUUGGAGGUUAUAUACAGUCACUGGUAAAAGUUGCCAAUAUGAUAGACUUUGUUGUAAUUAGUUAACUAAGAAUUAUUAAAAUUCUUAAGUAGUUGUAAAUGGUUUCAUUAACUGAUGAAAGUAAGAACUUUCACCAUGCAGUAUAUACUGUAGUAUCCAAAAUACCUUAUGGUAAAGUUACUAGUUAUGGUCAUAUAGCAUAUUUAUUAGGUAAACCACAGAAUUCAAGACAAGUAGGAUCUUCAUUAAAACAUUGUCAUCUUAUACUAAAAUCUUUAAGAGAUGAAUUAACUCCCAAUGAACGUGAAGAUUAUUUUAAUCUUGAUACUUUACCAUGGUAUAGAGUUAUACUGAGUGUAGGGAAAAUCUCUCCUCGAUCAAAUUCUAGUGGACAAUUUUUACAAGCGGAUAGACUUCGACUGGAAGGGGUAAUUGUUCUGGCAGGUCAUAAGAUAGAUUUAGAUGAAUUCGGAUGGUUUCCCGAUGAAAUUGACUUGUAGAACAAAUUAAAUUCAUAUAAUAAAUAUAAUACAUUUAGUCA